AUGGCGCGCUGCAGCCUGGCACUUGGCGUUUGGAUCGCGCUGAUUGCGCGGAUCUGUCCGGUGGCGGGGCGAUGUCCCAGUUCGCAGGAGAUGCUAAAGAAUCUCACAACCGACUAUGAUUACUUGGCUCAUCCCGGGCUCAUGACCAACGAACAGGUGCAGGUGAAAGUGAUGCUCUACAUCACAUCCAUUGUUCGGGUGGACCAGAAAGAACAACAGCUGGCCGUGGAGGGCUACUACAGAACUCAAUGGACGGAUCCGCGGCUGGCACUCGCGAAGCGCUUCGAGGGUUGCGAGUCCUUGACAUUGCAGCAGCCCUUGCCCGCAAGUCAUCCUGUCUGGGUGCCGGACAUCUACUUCGACAAUUCGGUGUCAGAGUGGUACGGUGCUGGAUCAUUGACGAUCUAUCCAGAUGGUUUAAUUUUCACCUCUCAGCGCUUCUACCACCAGUUUGGUUGUCUCAUGUCCUUUUCACGGCUUCCCUUCGACCAGCAAACUUGCACCAUCAAGAUGGGAUCCUACUCCUGGGAUGUGAGCAACAUCAACGCCACGGUCUUCGAUGGAGGUGGUGUGGACCUGCCCGAGGACUACAAGGGGACCACGGAAUUUCGCCUGUCAGGAGCUACUUCCGAAGUUGAAACCCUUUAUUUCCAUGCCACUGGAGUGCCAGUAGGCUACAGUUAUGUUCUUGUCCACCUGGCCCUAGCAAGACUGUCGGACUCGCACAUGACGUUUGUGUUUGUGACGUGCAUCCUCUUCGCCUUCGCGUCCUUCAGCGGGCUCUUCAUCAACCGGGCAGUGGCACCCGCGCGGGUGGCGAUUGCGGUCAUUCCGGUGCUCAUCAUGCUGAACCUGGAGAACAAUGUGAUCAGCAAUCUGCCGCCCUUGAACUACAUGACCUGGCUGACGAGCUACUUGCUCUACAUGAAGUUCUUCUGCCUCAGCGCUGUCUUCGAAUACGGUUUGAUCAGCUACCUGCUGCAGGUGGAGACGGCGCAGGAAAGGAAGUUCUUGGCCUUCAAGCAUCUGGCAGCCACCGUGAGAAAGAAGGAGCAGGAAAAGGAAGCUGCCGCGAAAGCGAGUAUGAUGAGCGAAGAUAUUCCGCAAAUUGUGCCCUUUGCAUCUCCUCAGAUCAAGCCAAGCAGAGGUGGGCCGACCGUGACACAGGUGGUGGAUGGGCUGCCCCCGGUGGAGUUUGAUGGCGUCACCGUCACCAAGGAAGACGCUGGGGGAGCUUAUAACUUCCUCCAGAAGGAGUUCUCUCAAGCCUACCGCGUCUUUGAUCGAAACAACAACGACCAACUCUGCUGUCGAGAAGUUCAGCUGGGUUUCCGUCGCUUAGGGCAGUAUUGGUCCAAGGACCAGGUGCAAGAGUUGUUCUAUGCCUUGGGCAUCAGUGGGAGGAAGAUGACUUCAGCCGACUUCAAGAGAUUCAUGACAGAUGUGGACAAGUACUUGCCUGGCAAGGCCAUGCACGUGUCCUUCUUCGAGCAACCGCCGUCAUUUCAAGUUGAUGUGGCCUUCCGAAUCUUCUACAUCACAGGGGUCGUGGCGGUCACAUGUGAACGUGAGCUGUUGGGCCGCGGAUUCGAAGCCUGGCGUGCGGCGUGCAGACCAAGCUCGCCCAUGGGGUCACCCAGGGGUCCGCAGUUGCCAGGUGCCUUGCUACUGGAAGAUCUGCUGAUGGACGAAGAACUGAUUAUUGCGGACCUGGACUAUGAGGAUUGUCAAGGGGAAGUGACGGACGUCAUGGAAUCGGAAGUGAUCAAGCGCGUGAGUGACAUCAUCACAAACGCCUUGGAGAUUGCCCAGGAAUAG